AUGUACGACAAAUCGGUGUCGCUAGGCUCGCGCCUGCGCUACCCAAUCACAAUUACGAAGCUCCUCAAAUCUCCGGGCGAUCCGAUCAAGAAGCAAGAAAAUAUCAUUGAAUACAAGUUUACAUGGCGGCGCCAAGUCGGCGACGAUACCUGGGUUGACGAGACUACCUACACCGAAUUUGACAGCCCGGCCGAGGGCAAGCUCAAGGAAUGGCGCAUCAAGGAAGGCCAAGUCAUUGCUGCCGACAUGCCUUGCAUGACCGUCGAGGAAGCUUGCGGGCACCAGGUGCAAAUACAAGGAAUGUGCAGCCUCUGCGGCGCCGACAUGACGGAGACCAACUGGGCGUCCGAACAACGCGAUUCCGAGCGGGCUAUGAUCAACAUGACCCACGACCAGACUGGUCUUAUGGUCAGCGAGAGCGUCGCCCAAAAAGCCGAACAUGACACCCAAAAGCGACUGCUCCGGUACCGCAAGCUCAGCCUUGUGGUUGACCUGGACCAGACCAUUAUCCAUGCGUGCAUCGAACCAACGGUUGGUGAAUGGCAGCGAGACCCAUCAAACCCCAACCAUAGUGCCGUCAAGAACAUCAGAAGCUUUCAGCUUGAUGACGGCCCUCGCGGCCUGGCUUCCGGCUGCACCUAUUAUAUUAAGCUACGGCCAGGCCUGAAAGAGUUUCUGCAAGAAAUCGCCAAAAUGUACGAGCUCCAUGUGUACACAAUGGGCACUCGUGCAUACGCUCUCAAUGUUGCAAAAAUCGUUGACCCGGACCGGAAAUUGUUCGGCAACCGUGUCAUCAGCCGAGACGAAAACGGUAGCAUCACAUCCAAGAGCCUGGCUCGCCUGUUCCCCGUUAGCACAGACAUGGUCGUUAUUAUUGAUGAUCGAGCCGAUGUCUGGCCUAUGAACAGGCCGAACCUCAUCAAAGUUGUACCGUAUGACUUUUUCAAGGGCGUUGGCGAUAUCAAUGGAAGCUUUCUGCCCAAGCGCCAAGACAUUUCGCCUGCUCCAUCCAAGUCAAACGGUGCAACAGAGAAGCCAGUAGCCGAUGGCUCGAACAAGGAAACGCCGCAGACGGAUAACUCUCGCUCGAACGAGGCAGCCAGUCUCGAGGAUCAGGCUGCGGAGCAGGAGAAAAACCUGGAAAAACAGCUGACGGAUAGGCCAUUGCUGCAUAUGCAGGAAGAGCUGGACAAGGAGGAUGAAAAGACCGCACAGGAAGCGGAAAGCGGAGAAGCAAGCGCACCCCAUCAGCGACACAACCUCCUAAGCGACGACGAUGAGGAACUAGUCGCCCUUCAAGACCACCUUACGGAUAUCCACACAUCCUUCUACGAGGCAUACGACCGUAGACGAGCAGAGCGCCAGCAGUCUCAGCCAACCCACCCGCCUAGCCAUAGCAGCGCACAGCGCAGGCCUUCCGUGGAUGAUGGGGUGGAUCUGUCCAUGGUACCCGACGUCGGUGACAUCUUAGAUGAGAUCAAGUCUAACGUUCUUUCCGGUUUGGUCAUUGUGUUAUCUGGACUUGUACCGCUUGGUGUCCCAGUUGAAGAGUCUGAAAUAGGAAUGCAGGCUCAAAGCUUUGGCGCCCAGGUUUUGAACACGAUCUCGAAGCGUGUCACGCAUCUUGUGGUGUCCAGCUCGACUCCACGCACAAACAAAGUCCAGCAGGCUGCAAAGAUCCCUAGCAUCAAGAUUGUGAACCAAAAUUGGCUCAUCGACUGUCUCAGCCAAUGGCGACGUCUAGAUGAACGACCGUACUAUCUUGCCAUCUUGGACGCCGACCGCGAAAAGGCAGAAGACAUGGUAGAAGCGGUCUCUGAAGCUGAAGAGGCGGACACGGAAGCCAAAGACCUCAAAGAUUUUGACUGGGACAUGGCGGACAAGGAUUUGCAAGACUUCUUGGACGAUGAUGAAGAGGGCGAUUCCGAGGGGGGCGAUGGCAACGAUGACGACGAGUCAUCUAACGAGAGCGAGCCGAUGACUGGGAAUGAAAGCGACGUCUCUGAUCACGCGCAAAACAAGGGGCUCAAGCGCAAAGCCGCCGAGGCCAAGGUUGAUGACGGGGAGUCGGACACGGACGGCAGUGCCGCGGGCGAGAGCGUGCUGGCUAAGAAGCAGCGCCUGUCGCGGAGCCGCGGCACAUCGGCCCUGCGAUCGGUGCAGUCGUCCAACGACAACCUGAACGGCCCCGGCGAUGUUGAGAACGGAACCGCGGCGAAGCAAAAUGGCCACGACGAAGCGAAUGCGGACGAGGAGGAGCUCGGGUUUGACGAGGCGGACUUGGAGAGAGACUUGUUGGCCGAGUUGGAGGCCGCGGGAGAUUGA